AUGUUACUUUUAUUUCGCAACGCGCCGUUACCAAUAUUGACUUCAAGGCCUUUUUCAUUUGGGGUUCGGUUUUAUGCUCAACGUAAAAAUCAUGCUCGUAAACCUAAAGCUCCGACAAAACUUUUCGCUCCUAUAUAUGACACGGUUACUUUGGAUGACGGUAGUUUAUUUGUCGCGCGUAAACCCCUUAACGAACCACCACCUAUUUCCCCUGACGAGUUGCCACCUCCCAUUAAACCAGUAAAGGAGAAAGCAUAUCACGUCACCGAGGAUCAAAUACAAGAAAUGCAAAGUCUGAGGCUAGAGGAUCCGAAAAAAUGGACGCGUCAAAAAUUGGCCGAAAAGUAUAAUUGUAGCGCAUUUUAUGUUGGUAUCGUUGCUCCGACAACUGAGAAGGAAAAGCAAAGGAUAGCGAGAAGACUUCAGCAUAGAAUUAAUAAAUUUAGUGAAAAACGAAAAUAUUUCAUGAAAAUAAGGGAAGAGAGGAGAAAAUUAUGGUGA